AUAUAUAUAAAUGUUCAUGCAUGCCACAUACACUACUCAUUUUCCCCCAACAAAUUAUUGUUCUAGAACAUUACACAAAGCUAGCUAGCUAGCCUAUUUUUUAUUUUCUUUUUUGUUUAAAUUACAAGUGGAGUGUUGCAUUAAUUUUAAUUAAUGGCAUCCAAUUCAAGAAAGAAGAGUGGAUCGGUUGUUUUUGAGGACUAUUUCCCUUCAAUGAUGGAGAAAUUGGGAAGUGAAGGGUUUAUGAAGGAGUUGGCAAAUGGUUUUAAUGUGUUGAUGGACAUAGAGAAGAAAGUGAUAACAUUUGAGAGUUUGAAAAGGAACUCUGCAUUGCUUGGGUUGGAAGGUAUGAGUGAUGAUGAGAUUAUGUGCAUGCUUAGAGAAGGUGAUCUUGAUGGAGAUGGAGCUCUUAAUGAGAUGGAGUUUUGUACUCUCAUGUUUAGGUUGAGUCCUGCUUUGAUGAAUAACUCUAAGCAACUUUUGGAAGAAGCUAUUUUCACUGGCCGUUAGUGACUUGUUCUCUUUUUUUAAUGUCCUCUUAAUUAGACUCUAAGCACCCUCUCUUGUGUUUUUUUCAAUCUAAUUAGGUUCUUCCUUUUUGGUAUGUGUGUGAGUCUUUCUAGUUAGUUUGUUGAAGAAAAUCUUAUUCAACAAUACUGCACUCUUCUUUUUGUUUAUUUUAUGUGUUAUACUAAUUAAUAUAAGGCAUUAUCAUGGGAGUGCACUGUCAAUAAGCAAAUUGUGGUUUGACAAUACACUCUAACGGGUGAAAAUUUGUGAUA